CACGCGCCGGGCGGUGGCGGGAUUUCGCCGCGUGCGCUUUCCCGCCCCGGCGCGCCCUGCCUCGCCACGCCUGGGGCAGCGCGUAGUGUCUCGCCUGCACGCCCUGCGCUCGCUCACUCGCGGCUCCGCGCGUCCCUCCCUUUCCCCGGUUUCUUUUGGAGCCCAGGCCCCGCCCGUUUCCCGCCUACUGGGCCUGGUUCGUUCCUGCCCUACUACGCCCCUCUCUUCUGCGCCCCUGCUGCUUCUUGCUGGAGGCGGAGGUCCAUGUCGUCCCCUCAGCGAGUGGUAGCGGCUGCCUCGAGAGGAGCAGGUGAUGCCAUGGAGAACAGCAAGCCUGGUCCAGUGCAGGUUGUUUUGGUUCACAAAGACCAACAUUCUUUUGAGCUAGAAGAGAAAGCCUUGGCCAGCAUCCUCUUGCAGGACCACAUCCGAGAUCUUGAUGUGGUGGUAGUGUCAGUGGCUGGUGCCUUUAGAAAGGGCAAGUCCUUCAUUCUGGACUUUAUGCUGCGAUACUUGUAUUCUCAGAAGGAAGGUGGCCAUUCAAAUUGGUUGGGUGAUCCAGAAGAACCAUUAACAGGAUUUUCAUGGCGAGGGGGCUCUGACCCAGAAACCACUGGGAUUCAAAUUUGGAGUGAAGUUUUCACUGUGGAGAAGCCAGGUGGAAAGAAGGUUGCAGUUGUUCUGAUGGACACUCAGGGAGCAUUUGACAGUCAGUCAACGGUGAAAGACUGUGCUACCAUCUUUGCUCUAAGCACCAUGACUAGUUCUGUUCAGAUUUAUAAUUUAUCCCAGAACAUUCAGGAAGAUGAUCUUCAACAGCUACAGCUCUUCACAGAAUAUGGUCGUCUGGCAAUGGAUGAAAUUUUCCAAAAACCCUUCCAGACACUGAUGUUUUUAGUUCGAGAUUGGAGUUUCCCUUAUGAAUACAACUAUGGACUACAAGGAGGAAUGGCAUUUUUGGAUAAGCGUUUACAGGUGAAGGAACGUCAACAUGAAGAAAUUCAGAAUGUUCGAAAUCACAUUCAUUCAUGUUUCUCUGAUGUUACAUGCUUUCUCUUACCACACCCAGGACUCCAGGUGGCCACAAGCCCUGACUUUGAUGGGAAAGUGAAAGAUAUUGCUGGUGAAUUCAAAGAGCAGUUACAGGCUCUGAUACCAUAUGUGUUAAACCCUUCUAAGUUAAUGGAAAAGGAGAUCAAUGGCUCAAAAGUCACCUGUCGGGGACUAUUGGAGUAUUUUAAGGCAUAUAUUAAAAUUUACCAAGGAGAAGAUCUGCCUCACCCCAAGUCGAUGCUUCAGGCCACCGCUGAAGCCAACAAUUUAGCAGCUGCAGCCUCUGCCAAGGACAUUUAUUAUAACAACAUGGAGGAGGUUUGUGGGGGAGAGAAACCUUACUUGUCUCCAGACAUUUUAGAGGAGAAGCACUGUGAAUUCAAACAACUUGCUCUGGACCAUUUUAAGAAGACAAAGAAGAUGGGUGGGAAGGAUUUCAGUUUUCGUUACCAGCAGGAGUUGGAGGAGGAAAUCAAGGAACUGUACGAAAACUUUUGCAAGCAUAAUGGUAGCAAGAAUGUCUUCAGCACCUUCCGAACGCCUGCUGUGCUGUUUACAGGCAUUGUGGCUUUGUACAUAGCCUCAGGCCUCACUGGCUUUGUUGGGCUGCAGGUUGUGGCGCAGCUGUUCAACUGUAUGGUUGGACUGCUGUUAAUAGCACUUCUUACCUGGGGGUACAUCAAGUAUUCUGGUCAAUAUCCUGAGCUGGGCGGAGCUAUUGAUUUUGGUGCAGCAUAUGUAUUGGAGCAGGCUUCUUCUCAUAUUGGCAAUUCCACUCAGGCUGGUAUGAGAGAAUCAGCUGUUGGAAGACUACCUGUGGAUAAAAAACCUCAAUAGCAUCUCAACAUGAGGAUCCAACAAGAAUCCGACUGAUUUCUGGGUUUUUGCUGUGGCCACAGAAAUGGCAGAUCUGAGACCAUCCAGGAAGAGCUGAAAUGUGGCAUCAUAAUAAAUGAACUGACCUCUCCUGUGGUUUCAGAUUCUUAAACACACUUCCAU